UAAUGAAUAGCAAUAAUAAUGGAUUGAAUGAUUUUGAAUUAUUAAGAUUAAUUCAGUAAGAAUUUUAAUAAGAUAAAUCUCCUGUAUAUGAUGAAAUUAGUAAUUAAUAUUCAUCAGUUAGUGAUGAUGAAGAAAUUAUUAUUAGGGAUCCAUCAUCAUAAAUAAGUAAAAUUAAUUAUGAUUAUUUUAGCUGAUGAAUCUUCAUUAUCAUAAAAUAAAGGGAAAACAUAAGGUAGAUGGAAAUAUGUAAAUUAUAAUUAUGAAUUAGUGUUGUUAAUAAUGUACUAAAUCAGACAAAGGUUCUAUAAAACCAAAGACUUGUGUUUGUAUUGUACCUGCUUCUUAAAGAAGAAUAUAAAUUGGUGAAUCAGGAUGUUUAUCAUGUCAUUGUACAGGAUGUUCAAUUGAAGAUGAAAAGAAAAAAUAAAAAAAAACAAAGAAGAAACGAAAAUCUUCUUCAGAUUCAAGCUCAGAUGAAUCUUCUGAUUUUAAAACAGUAAAUGGAUGUUGUAAGAAAUGCAUGAAAGCAUUUUCUAAAAAAGGAAAAGAAGCUAAAGUUUAAAUAUUUAUUAUAAAAUAAAUAGUCUUGUUUAUGUUAAGUUCCAAGAGCAGUCAGAAAGAAACCUCUUCCUCCACAUGGUUGUUAAUAUUGCGGAUGUCAUGGAUGUAAUCCAGAAGAUAAGAAAAAAGAGAAACCUAAAAAAAAUAGUCGAUAAUUAUCUCCUGUGUCUAAUGAUUUGAAUGAAUAGAAUCUUAAUAACUUCUAAAAUGCUCGUAAUAAUCGGUAUAUGAUGUUAGCUUUAAUUUAAAUGCUUAAUUCUUAGAAUAUCAAUCCAGGCAUUAUAGGAAUAGGUAUACCAUAAAGGACAUACUCAUAUAUUUAUGGGAAGGAACAAGGACGUUGAGAAUAAAACUUAUUAAAUUAUUAUUAAUCAUAAACUCUUUUAAUCAAUUCAUGAACGUAGUAAUUUAUUAUUUCAAUAGCAAAACAAUUAAUAGAACUUAGACCAAUCAAUCCAAUGCAAAAACUUGGCAUUUUACAAUUAAUAGCUUCUAAUCAUUUAAUAUAUAGAAAGAAACUAUUUAUUUUUUAAAGCAAC